AUGGGCUUCACCGACGUUGAUAAGCUGGCUAUCAACGCCAUUCGAUUGCUCGCGGUUGAUGCAACCUUCAAGUCGAAUUCAGGCCAUCCGGGCGCGCCGAUGGGAAUGGCGCCUGUCGCCCACGUCCUGUUUAACAAGAUUCUGAGGUAUAACCCAAAGAACUCUAAAUGGGUCAACAGAGAUAGAUUCGUCCUCUCUAACGGACACGCAUGCAUGCUUCAAUACGCUCUCCUCCAUAUCGCCGGGUACAAGCUCUCCAUGGAUGAUAUCAAGGCUUUCCGAUCGAUAGACAGCAUUACUCCUGGUCAUCCGGAAGCACAUGACACCGAUGGCAUUGAGGUCACCACUGGUCCUCUGGGUCAGGGUUUCUCCAACGCUGUUGGUCUGGCCAUUGCUCAGCACCACGCUGCUGGCGAAUUCAACAAGCCAGGGUUUGAGCUUUUCAACAACUAUACAUAUACCUUCCUCGGUGACGGAUGUAUGCAGGAGGGUGUCGCCUGCGAAGCGGCCUCCCUUGCAGGGCACCUACAACUUGGCAACCUGAUCGCCAUUUACGAUGAUAACCACAUCUCUAUCGAUGGAGACACCAACUGUGCCUUCACCGAAGACGUCGCCCUACGUUUCAAGGCAUACGGGUGGCACGUUGAGGUCGUUGAAGAUGGAGAUCACGACUUGCAGGGCAUGGAGGAUGCUAUCAAGAAGUGCCAAGCUGUCAAGGACAAACCAUCCAUGAUUAAGCUCAGAACCACCAUUGGCUUUGGAUCGUUGUUGCAGGGAACUGGAGGGGUACACGGCUCGCCUCUCAAGGCAGAUGACAUCAAGCAAGUCAAGAGCAAGUUCGGCUUUGAUCCUGAGCAGUCAUUUGUUGUUCCGCAAGAGGUUUAUGACCUAUACAACAAGCACGGUGCUGAAGGAGCAGCACAAGAGCAAGAGUGGGAGCAGCUUCUCGAGAAGUACGGCCAGCAAUUCAAGUCUGAGGCCUCGGACCUCAAACGUCGUUUGACCGGCGAUCUUCCAGAGGGCUGGGAAAAGAAUCUCCCGGUAUACUCGCCUUCUGACGCUGCAGUUGCUUCGCGAAAGCUCUCCGAGAUUGUGCUCACCAAGAUUCACCAAGCAAUCCCGGAGUUGGUUGGUGGUUCUGCAGAUUUGACUGGCUCCAACUUGACCAGAUGGAAGGACGCUGUUGACUUCCAACCACCCUCCCUUGGAAUCGGUGACUGGUCUGGGCGCUAUAUCCGAUAUGGUGUCCGUGAGCAUGCAAUGGGUGCUAUCAUGAAUGGUCUUGCCGCAUAUGGUACAGUCAUUCCAUACGGAGGAACCUUCUUGAACUUUGUUUCGUAUGCUGCUGGUGCAGUUCGUCUUUCUGCUCUGUCCCAAGUCCGUGUCAUCUGGGUGGCUACCCAUGACUCCAUCGGCCUUGGUGAGGAUGGACCUACUCAUCAACCUAUCGAGACUCUCGCUCAUUUCCGUGCCCUCCCCAACUGCAUGGUCUGGCGGCCAGCUGACGGAAACGAGACCAGCGCUGCGUACUACAUUGCUUUGACUUCCAAGCACACCCCCAGCAUCAUUGCCCUGUCCCGCCAAAACCUUCCACAACUUGAGAACUCCACCCUUGCACACGCCAUCAAGGGGGGCUACACCGUUCACGAGGCGGAGAAGGCCGACAUCACCUUGGUAUCUACUGGUUCCGAGGUUGGUAUCUGCGUUGAUGCCGUAAAGUAUCUCAAGGAGAAGCACAAUGUCACUGCUCGUGUUGUUUCUAUUCCUUGCUUCGAGGUCUUUGAUGCGCAGUCAAAGGAGUACAGACUCAGUAUCCUACCAGAUGGUAUUCCAUCCCUUUCCGUUGAGGUCAUGUCAACCAUGGGAUGGGAGCGAUACACACACGAGCAGUUCGGUCUCAACAGAUUCGGUGCAAGUGGUGCAUACAAGGAUGUCUACAAAAAGUUCGAGUUUACUCCGGAGGGUAUCAGCAAGCGUGCUGUUGCCACUAUCGAGUUCUACAAGGACGUCCCGAACAUUCGCUCUCCACUUAACCGUGCUUUCCAACAACUCAUCUAA